ACUCGCUUGCUCACUCUUUUUCAACUCGAAGAGCCCAACUGUAAACAAACCCGCAUUCUCUCAACUUUCAGUCUCAAGCCAUAGUGAAAGAGAAAGAGAGAACGAAACAAAUUGCAAAGCUUUAUAUUUUUUCUUAUCAGCAGAAAAGCGUGAACGGAGGCAACCUCUCUCUUUGAUUUUUUUAAAAUACCCAAAAGUAAAGGAAAAUUGUUUUCGCGCCAAGAGGAAGUGCGUAACAUGGAGCUUCGUAAGGUAACUUUGGAGAUCUUCACCAAACUGGAGCAGAAGUGGCUAUCGCACUAUGACACCACCAAGAAGGUUCGAAUCCUGAGCAUUGACGGCGGUGGAACCACCGGCGUUGUAGCUGGUGCAGCUCUUAUUCACCUUGAAUAUCAGAUCCGCAUCAAAACCAGUGAUGCACAUGCUCAAAUUACCGAUUUCUUCGACGUUAUAGUCGGCACUGGCGUCGGUGCUGUUCUUGCUUCCAUGAUCUCUGCCGACGAUGGAACUGGCCAUCCUCUUUUCUCCGCUAGGGAAGCUGUUAAUAUCAUCACUCAGAAACAUUCCGAGCUCUUCAAAGUUAAUAAGCUCGCCGGAUUUCUUCGCCGUCGGAAGAUGUUGAACGGUAAGAGCAUGAAUAAUGCGUUGAAGGAGGUAUUUAAGAGAGAAGACGGAACCGUUUUGACACUGAAGGACACCUGUAAGCCUCUACUUGUUCCUUGCUUUGACCUCAAGAGUUCCGCUCCUUUCGUGUUCUCUCGCGCCGACGCUUCCGAAUCGCCUAGCUUCAACUUCGAGCUUUGGGAAGUAUGUCGCGCCACGUCAGCCACUCCCGGCCUCUUCAAACCUUUUCCAUUGACAUCUGUAGAUGGCAAGAUCUCGUGCUCCGCCGUGGACGGCGGUUUGGUCAUGAACAACCCUACUGCGGCAGCGGUCACACAUGUUCUCCAUAACAAGAGGGAUUUCCCGUCGGUGAACGGCGUGGAGGAUCUGCUGGUUUUGUCGUUAGGCAACGGUCCGUCGUGCGUAAGGUCAAAAGUCAGUAACAAAACUGAAUGCUCAACCUCUUCCGUCGUUGACAUUACGCUUGACGGAGUCUCGGAGACGGUGGACCAGAUGUUGGCGAGUGCUUUCGGCUGGAACCGCGCAGACUACGUUAGAAUUCAGGCAAACGGAGUGGGGCGCGAAAAGAUGGUAGGGCAAAAAAUGGAGGAAGUACUGAAGGAAAGAGGGGUAGAAUCAUUACCAUUUGGCGGGAAACGGUUGCUGACGGAGACUAACGGACAGAGAAUCGAGAGCUUCGUGCAACGCCUUGUUGCCACCGGCAAAACCAGCCUUCCUUCAAGUCCCUUCAAAGAAUCAGCCGUUAGCUCACUUGCGAACGGCCGUUAGCUACCUUUUUAAAUUACUUUUCU